UGAUAGUGAGGAACGGGAGGAAAAAAGACCGAAGGAAGAGGGAUAAAGAAAAAAUAAACAACGGGAAGCCUGUCUGCCUGUCAGGAGCUGGCGUCUUUAUCUGCAGCCUUUAUUUGGAGAGACGUCAAAAACAGACAAAAGAAGAUGGGAGGUGUGUUUGGUCCUUCGCUCCAGAUGUGAUGAGGGGACAGAGGCGGAUGUCAGCUGGAUGUGAGAUGCACACUGUUCUUUAGGUAAAUAGUCUACUGAGGAAAAGGAGGGGGCAGAAGAUGAAGCUGAACGAACGCAGCGUGGCACACUACGCCACCUGUGACUCACCACCAGACAAGACAGGCUUCCUGUUUAAAAAGGGUGAGCGCAACACAGCUUAUCACCGACGCUGGUUUGUCCUGAAGGGUAACAUGCUCUUCUACUUUGAGGAGCGCGACAGCCGAGAGCCCAUCGGCGUCAUCGUCCUUGAAGGGUGCACUGUGGAGCUGUGCGAGUCAGCCGAGGAGUUCGCGUUCGCCAUCAAAUUCGACUGUGCCAAAGCACGGGUGUACAAGAUGGCUGCUGAGAACCAAGCAGCCAUGGAGUCGUGGGUGAAAGCGCUGUCAAGAGCCAGCUUUGACUACAUGAGGCUGGUGGUGAAGGAGUUGGAGAGGCAGUUGGAGGAGAUCCAGGAGGCUGCAGGAGGUGGCUGUGUUGGGGCUGGAGUUGGAGGCCUGCAGGGCAGGCCCAAGUCCUCCAGGCGUAACCAGGUGGCGCGGUGCCGGUCUGGAGCAUCCUCUUCCUCCUCAUCUUUAUCCUCCUUAUCAUCAUCUUCAUCAAGUGCCCCACCCAUGUCGGUCCCCUUCUCUGCUCAAAAGAGCCUGCAGGAUGAGGUGCAGCUCAUCUCUGAGUGUUCCAAGGAGAAUGGAGUCACAUGGAGUAGACCAUCAGUUGCCUUGACUAACGGCUUUGUUGAGGCAGCGUCUUCCUGUGUGGCCUGGGAAGGCUGUGCAGACUCUGGGAACAGCUCUGUGAUUGGUUAUGGGGCUGAUGGGGUGAGGGCUCCACCAGUGCCGCCCAGGAGAAGAGGAGCAUCCCUGGAAAGCCCCGUCUCUCCUGGCACCGGCUGCUUCUCCAAACUCCACGAUUGGUACGGCAAGGAGGUGGAGGAGCUGAGAGUGCAGUGGCUGCAGAGCCAGUAAACUAAUGGAGGUGCAUCAUCUCUUUUUCCACGGUUUUAUCAUUCCUUCCUCAACAUUCUGCAAGGUUACACCCUUCUGAACCCAACAGAAGGGCGAGAAAACUGAGACUUAUUUGCAGUUUGCAGUCUUAUCUCCAAUCAAAACACAUGAAAAUUGAGAUUGAUUCCAGAUCUUGUCUGGCACAGGGGAAUCAACCUCUUGCAUAAUACUAUCCAUUGUACAAUUCCAGUUAUUUUACAACCCAAGAUAUGCUCUUUCCCACAGUAUUGCAAGGAUCACUUGCCAAGGACACUUAAAUAUGUUCAGAAUACAACAUUUAAAAUGUUAUCAUUAAUGAAAAUCAUUAGCUUUUCUAACAAUAUGCAGAGAGUUUGACCUUGUCGUAGAUAAAUUAAAAAAAAAAAGAUGCUGUUCUAUUAUUAUAUUGCCAAUGGUAGCUUCCAGAUAUACUUGUGCAAUUGUUGGCUGAGUUUCCUUUAAAGCUGUAGGAACCUUGAUCUAAACUUUGAUCAUGUUUUUCUAUAGGCAUAUAUACAAACUGCUGUGCUAAGCUUGCAAAAUACCAAAAAAACAACAAAUAACUGAGAUCUCACCACAGAUAAGUCGUUUUCUGAUGGAAGGGAAAAGCCCUGGAUAGUACGGAUGUUUCUGUUAUAUGCAAAUGAAAUAAAGAAAGGCACAUAAAUAACAAUCUGAAGGCAAUGCACGAUUGAAAAUAAUAAUAAAAUUGAAAUAAUGAUGAGAAAAUAAAGAGGGAUGCCGUUUUCGCAGUUGGUGGCAUUUUUACAAUCUAAUGGCACGGCCACAAGGACAAUUAACCGCUCCAGUUUCCUGCAACUUCAAGCCACUUUAACUCUAAGAUCACUUUAAUAUGUUGACACAUGAGGAUACUCUUGGGGGUGGGGAAAGUGGUGCUGAGGAAAAAUAGUCCAGAUUCUCCUCCAUACUCCCACCGGGGCACAUCUCACCCCAGAGGCCUUGUGGCUGCUAAGGUCAGAGCAUCCUCUCAACAGUCACUGGGGACCGUAGCAGGAGCUGGAUGUCUCGCUCAGAGCCACACGCUGGUAUUUUUAGCCCUUGUUAGCCAGCGGGCAGAUGAUGCUGUGUCAUAAGAAUGCUUGUCACUUCGUUCUCUUUUGACUCUUAUGUUUCAUAAAAGGAGAUUUUUUAACCUUGAACUUACAGGACUUAACACUUGUCGUUGUAAUUGUCAGAUAAUUUCAUGUUCUUAAUUUGAUCACACUGUCGGUUUGUUCGUUACAGCUGAUUAACCUGAAUGUUACUGAAUGAGCGUAACUCUAAGAGGCCUAUAGUCUAUGUGAACACCUAACCUCUUGGUUUGUAUAUAAAUAUUUACUAUUCCAUGUUGGAAAUUAACACCAGCAGUCUACAAUAUGGGCCUUUUGAAAUGAUUGCUCAUCCAAUCACAUAGCCGUUUACAUUUUUUAGAUAUUUCUUUUAUAUGUGCCUUAUGUUUUCAUUAUAGCUCUUUUUAUUGCACUUGCAACCAUUACCAUAGGACUACAGUGAAGAGAGGUUUGGCUUUUCUUCUCUUUUGUCUGUUGGACUGUCUUCUUUCUUUUUUUCUUUCUUGAUAAGGCUCAUCUGGGUGCAAUCACUUUUUGACAAUGGCUCAGUUCCUUCAGUCAGCAUCAAUGCACAGUGCUAUCAUUACUGUUAUACGCUUGGUUUGUACAGAAACAACAAUGUGGGAAGGAGUGGUACAGUCUAAAUUGUGUUUUUUCAAAACUGCAGCAUCGAGGCAGCAUGCUUUUGACAUCUAUUAUCUAAAAUUAUCGAUGUGGUGCCAAUUUUAUUAACUCCAAAACAGCAUUCCUGUAAUUGCAGAUGGCAAUAGUCUGUUUUUGUUUUUUUGUUGUUUUUUUACAAUUAUAUUUAUAGCAAUGUGUCAAAUGAACCAUAUACAUAAUAAUGGUAUCGAUCUUUAUGCAGAAGUGCCAAAUGAAGAAUGCAAUCUACAUGCACAAUAAUCAAUUUUUUGUCCAUUGACUUUCAUGAUUUUUCAAAAUCAUAGUACACAAUGAUCAUUAUUUUAAAUAACCAAUAAUAUGUAACACAUUGUCCUGAUAUGAUUCACUGAAAAGAUGUUUGUUAGCUAAGCAUUUGCUGUAACCCACUCAAUAAACAGUGUUAAUA